AUGGGUCACUUCAAUAAAAGCUACCCGAAAUGUAAAUAUUACAAAGCUGUAUCCGCUGACGAUGUCAUAUACUUGGGAGUCGCAAUAAGAAGAGAAAAACAGAGCACCAGUAAUAAAGCAGAGAAAAAGGCAGUGAAGAAGACGAAAAUGGCAUCACAAGCUGUAGAGUGUCCAAGUCGUGGGAAUGAUAACCAUGGUUAUUCUCGUUCGUCUCUUAGUCCUAAUCACAUACAAUCAAAGGAGGAGGCCAUUUCAUCAGUCCUUGGUCAUAAUCCUACUAUUUUUGUAACGAAGCUUCCUAUCGACCGUGCUGCAAGGCAUUAG